AUGAAGGACAACGGGGUAAAAUCUAGUGGAGCAACAACAGCAUCCACAUCUUCUGGGACUCAGACUGCAUCAUUGCUUGCUCACUCUAAGGAUGGAAAUCCGUUAGAUGUUUUACUAUCGACAGCCGGAGUACUCCUUCAGGACUCGAAUGGAAGGAAACAUAAAUGCCGGGCCUUACUGGACUCGGGGUCACAGGCGCAUUUCAUAACGGAAACCUUUUGCCAAAAACUCGAAUUACCACUUUCGCGAGUAGAAACAGCAGUCCAUGGAAUUGGUCAAGGACAUCAUAAAAUGAAUUACAGGACUCAGGUUAAGCUAUAUUCCACUUGUACAGGAUUCACGAGGACAAUUACAUGCUUAGUCAUGUCAAAAAUCACCGAGGACAUGCCAAAUGUAUCGGUAAAUGCGUCCGAUUUACAGAUACCGGCGAACAUCGCACUUACAGAUCCGUACUUCGAUCAUUCGCGACCAGUUGAUCUUCUAAUCGGCGCAGGACUGUUCUGGGAUCUUUUAUGCAUAGGACAAAUAAGAAUCAGGACUGGACUAUCUGUGUUACAAAAGACAAAGCUCGGGUGGAUUAUUGGCGGACUCAUGACCGUUCCCCGAACGAUAUUCUCGCAGCGAACGCGAUGCCAUCUUGCUACCCGACAGCAAGAUAAUAACCCCGAUAUCACGAACGAAGAACUUCAUCAGGAUUUAACAAAAUUCUGGGAAUUAGACUCAGGCUCUUUUAGACGAAAUCCUGACGAUCUAGAUGCACGAGACAUAUGUGAGCGACAUUUCAAGGCAACGACCACUCGCGAUUCGACAGGACGUUUCACAAUAAGAAUACCAUUUGCAUCGAACCUCGGUAACUUAGGUGACUCGCGAGACAUGGCUAAAAAACGGUUUAGCUCAUUAGAGGGGAAAUUCGAUAAACAUCCUCAAUUAAGGCAGAUGUAUGUGGUAUUCAUGAGGGAAUAUGAAGAUUUAGGGCACAUGACGGAAAUUUCAGACGAAGAUAUGCAGAAGAAUAAUCGCCAUUAUUACUUACCUCAUCAUGCCGUACUCAAACAGACCAGUACUACAACAAAAUUGCGAGUUGUGUUUGAUGGUUCUGCCAAAACUACAUCUGGAUUAUCGCUGAACGAUGUGCAAAGGGUGGGACCGACAGUGCAGGACGAUUUAUUUUCAAUUAUCCUGCGCUUCCGAAAACAUACCUUCGUAAUCUCUGCAGAUAUCACAAAAAUGUACAGACAGAUCAAUGUUUACAAGGCAGAGCGCGACUUUCAGAGAAUUUUGUGA